AUGGCAGGGUGGACGGUGAAUCCCCGCUCCUCUGCCUCCAAGCGCGACAAGCUCAUGCUGACCGACGUGAUGCCGGCGAACUUGCGCACGACCACGAGGGGCAGCGCGCCGCGCUUCGGGCGCGUGAACUGCCUGGAUGCGCAGGCGUUUGCACAGCUCUGCGCGAGGCUGGACCCGAUGCCAGGCAAUCCUGGCGAGCUCAGCGAGGGCCUCCCGGUUUGCAGAGCACCCGCCAUGAAGGAGCCGCCGCCCAUGGAGUGCAAACGGGCAUGGACCUCACGGACCUCACGGACCUGCUGGGACGAUGACGAGGAUUUGCCUCCCGCUGGAGUCCUGCCCGAAGUGUGCACUGAGAAGCCGAAGACCUGGCGAGUGAAGGCCAGCCGCCAGCGAGCACUUUGA